AUGGAGGAGCUGACCUGUGCCACCGGGGAUGGCAGUGCCUACAGGGGAACCAUCUCUGAGACAGAAUCGGGGAAGACCUGCCAGCUCUGGGCCUCUCAGAAUCCACACGAGCAUUCCAGGACGCCAUGGAAGUACCCGUGCAAGGGGCUUAAAUCUAAUUACUGCAGAAAUCCUGACAAUGAGAGAAUGCCUUGGUGCUACACGACGGACCCCGGCACUCGAUGGGAGUACUGCAAGGUGCCGACCUGUGGAAAUGAGCCUGUCCCAGGUACCCCUAAACCUCCCACAAUCGUGGAGGAGCUGACCUGUGCCACCGGGGAUGGCAGUGCCUACAGGGGAACCAUCUCCGUGACAGGAUCAGGGAAGACCUGCCAGCUCUGGGCCUCUCAGAAUCCACACGAGCAUUCCAGGACGCCAGAGAAGUACCCGUGCAAGGGGCUUACAUCGAAUUAUUGCAGAAAUCCUGACAAUGAGAAAAUGCCUUGGUGCUACACGACGGACCCCGGCACUCGAUGGGAGUACUGCAAGGUGCCGACCUGUGGAAAUGAGCCUGUCCCAGCUCCCACGAUCUUGGAGGAGUUGACCUGUGCCACCGGGGAUGGCAGUGCCUACAGAGGAACCAUCUCCGAGACAAGAUCGGGGAAGACCUGCCAGCUCUGGGCCUCUCAGAAUCCACACGAGCAUUCCAGGACUCCAGAGAAUUACCCGUGGAAGGGGCUUACAUCGAAUUAUUGCAGAAAUCCUGACAAUGAGAAAAUGCCUUGGUGCUACACGACGGACCCCGGCACUCGAUGGGAGUACUGCAAGGUGCCGACCUGUGGAAAUGAGCCUGUCCCAGCCCCUAAACCUCCCACGAUCUUGGAGGAACCGACCUGUGCCACCGGGGAUGGCAGUGCCUACAGAGGAACCAUCUCCGAGACAAGAUCGGGGAAGACCUGCCAGCUCUGGGCCUCUCAGAAUCCACACGAGCAUUCCAGGACGCCAGAGAAGUACCCGUGGAAGGGGCUUAAAUCGAAUUACUGCAGAAAUCCUGACAAUGAGAGAAUGCCUUGGUGCUACACGACGGACCCCGGCACUCGAUGGGAGUACUGCAAGGUGCCGACUUGUGGAAAUGAGCCUGUCCCAGCCCCUAAACCUCCCACAAUCGUGGAGGAGCUGACCUGUGCCACCGGGGAUGGCAGUGCCUACAGGGGAACCAUCUCCGUGACAGGAUCAGGGAAGACCUGCCAGCUCUGGGCCUCUCAGAAUCCACACGAGCAUUCCAGGACGCCAGAGAACUACCCGUGCAAGGGGCUUAAAUCGAAUUACUGCAGAAAUCCUGACAAUGAGAAAAUGCCUUGGUGCUACACGACGGACCCCGGCACUCGAUGGGAGUACUGCAAGGUGCCGACCUGUGGAAAUGAGCCUGUCCCAGCCUCUAAACCUCCCACGAUCAUGGAGGAGCUGACCUGUGCCACCGGGGAUGGCAGUGCCUACAGGGGACCCAUCUCCGAGACAGAAUCGGGGAAGACCUGCCAGCUCUGGGCCUCUCAGAAUCCACACGAGCAUUCCAGGACGCCAGAGAACUACCCGUGCAAGGGGCUUAAAUCGAAUUACUGCAGAAAUCCUGACAAUGAGACAAUGCCUUGGUGCUACACGACGGACCCCGGCACUCGAUGGGAGUACUGCAGGGUGCCGACCUGUGGAAAUGAGCCUGUCCCAGCCGGUCUGAAGUGCGGACAGGCCAAGGUGAAGCCCGGGAAGUGCUUUAACCAAAUUGUUGGAGGAUGUGAAUCCAAGCCCCACUCCUGGCCCUGGCAAAUCAGCCUCCGAACCAACUCCCACCAGCACUUCUGCGGAGGGACACUGAUCAAGCCACAGUGGGUGGUGACUGCUGCACAUUGCCUGGAAUCACCUCAUCCAGCAGCCUACAAGGUGUAUCUUGGAACACACACACAGAAAGCCAAUGAGGCAUCAAAGCAAGUACGAGACGUCAAAAAGUUGAUUCUGGAACCCAGAAAUUUAGAUAUUGCGCUGCUCAAACUAGACAGCCCCGCCAUCAUAAAUGACAUGGUGAUGCCUGCCUGCUUGCCUGAGAAGGACUACAUUGUGCCGCAUUUGGCUGAGUGCCACGCGACCGGGUGGGGUGAAACCCGAGGCACUGGUGGGGACGGGGUGCUGAAGCAGUCCCGUCUCCCUGUUAUCGAAAACAAAGUGUGCAACCGCCCUGCGUACCUCUCCGGACAAGUGAGGGACCACGAGAUGUGCGCGGGGUACAUCGAGGGAGGCACUGACAGCUGCCAGGGUGACAGCGGUGGUCCCCUGGUCUGCCAUUCGGAUAACACCUUCGUCUUACAGGGAGUGACAUCAUGGGGUGAGGACUGUGCCAAGCCCAUGAAGCCAGGGGUGUACACUAGAGUCUCAAAAUUUGUGGACUGGAUAGCAGAAGAGAUCAAGAAUAAUUCAUAACCCCGUCAUUCUCAUAUCAGUCGUUUUUUAAUACAAUAUUCUAAUGGUGAUAAAAUAAAUUAUAAAUACAUUUGAAAA